GGCCAGUGUAAUAGAACUCCCUCAUUGAUUGUCGCUCGGGAAAGAAGCUGGGUUGGGUCCACGGGAUAUCAUACAGAGACAGUUUUCUGCAACUACACCACGCAUUUCUUUAGCUUUUUCAUAUUAACAUAAACUUGAGGUACAUGCAUCGAUUAUUUUUAACAAGUAGUUAGCUAGUGCCGAGGGUUUGAACCAAUUUAAAACAGAGUCGGUAACCUAGCAAGAUCGUGCAUUCAUUUUCGACGAAAGCAAAACGAGUGCGAAUGACGAGAACGUAUUAGCUAAACUAGUUUUCAAUAGGUUUUCAACCUAACUAGCUAGCUGAAAUAUAACCAGACAUGGACGACAAGUCAUUCACUAAGGAAUUGGAUGGGUGGAUUGAGCAACUCGGCGAAUGCAAGCAGCUCUCGGAAAACCAAGUCAAAGCCCUUUGCGAGAAGGCCAAAGAGAUCCUGACGAAGGAGUCUAAUGUGCAGGAGGUGAGAUGUCCAGUCACCGUGUGCGGGGAUGUCCAUGGCCAGUUCCAUGACCUGGUGGAGCUGUUUAAAAUUGGAGGGAAGUCUCCGGACACCAACUACCUCUUCAUGGGAGACUACGUGGACAGGGGCUACUACUCUGUAGAGACAGUCAGCCUCCUGGUAUCUCUCAAGGUUAGGUACCGUGAGCGAAUCACAAUCCUUCGAGGGAACCACGAGAGCAGACAGAUCACCCAGGUGUACGGCUUCUACGACGAGUGUUUAAGGAAAUACGGAAACGCCAACGUCUGGAAGUACUUCACAGACUUAUUUGACUAUCUGCCCCUCACUGCCCUGGUAGAUAACCAGAUCUUCUGUCUCCACGGUGGACUGUCCCCCUCAAUAGACACACUGGAACACAUUCGAGCGCUGGAUCGCUUACAGGAGGUUCCUCAUGAGGGUCCGAUGUGUGACCUGCUGUGGUCAGACCCCGAUGACCGUGGUGGCUGGGGCAUCUCUCCCCGCGGUGCCGGCUACACCUUUGGACAGGACAUCUCAGAGACUUUCAACCAUGCUAACGGACUUACCCUGGUCUCCAGAGCUCACCAGCUCGUCAUGGAGGGUUAUAACUGGUGUCAUGACCGUAACGUAGUGACUAUCUUCAGUGCACCCAAUUACUGCUAUCGCUGUGGAAACCAAGCCGCCAUCAUGGAGCUGGAUGACACACUCAAGUACUCCUUCCUUCAGUUUGAUCCCGCCCCUCGCAGAGGAGAGCCCCAUGUGACCCGCCGCACUCCUGACUACUUCCUGUAAAAGAUCCCAAUGCCUGUGAAGCAUUGCUGUAGAAGUUUCUUAGUCAACGUGAAGGAGAACGUGGGGAAAAAGGAGCAACUGACCAUCGGUAUAGAGUUGUGACAAAUUAAGCAUCCAUGGACCAAAAUGUGUGCCAUAAUUUCACAAUGCAAAAAAUGGAGAGGGGGGGAGGGAUUGAUUCAACUUUAAAGAAGACCACACAACCUACACCCACCACAGUCCACUUCCUACUCUCUCUGCAUGUUGUAUUUAUGUCUCUGAAAAUUAUUCUUCAUUAUAAAGACUACAGUGGCUGUGUAGUGCACUAUAUAUAUAUAUAUAUAUAUAUAUAUAAAGUUAAAAGGGUGCCAUUUUGGAAGGAGACAGUCUCACAGUACCUGCUGGUUUUGUCAGGUAAAAGAUCUGCUUUGAAUGACUGCAUCUGCUGAGAUUAAUGCUUAAAUGUAACUCUUGUGUUAGGACUGUAAUUAAGAUAUAGAAUGGUUCGCCAGAACUAAACUCGACAUGGCCUCAAACUGGAAGGUUGCAGUAAACAUAUGUUGUGAAAAAAAAUAACAGAAAUUGCAUUUUUCAAUGGCUUUUUUUUUCUGUGUGAAUUGAAAUCGUUGUUUUCAGGGUUGGUUGGGCGUUGGGUGGAAUUUAAUUCUUCUUUGUUUGCACUUUUGUAUUUAAUUUUUAUCACAUGACACUGACAAACUACAACAUUCUGUUUUUAUAUUUCACCCCUGAGAAAAAUAGCUUUUCUGUCACUCACCUGUCCGUUACGUGAGUGACAUCUAUUUCUGUUAAAUAGAGGAACACCUGUACAAAAUGAUAUCCCUUGUUAUACACUGAACAAAAAUAUAAAUGCAACAUGUAAAGUGUUGGUCCCAUGUUUCAUGAGCUGAAAUAAAAUAUACCAGAAAUGUUCCUUAUGCACAAAAACCUUUCCUCAAAAAUGUUGUGCAUAAAUUUGUGAGCAUUGUCAAGAUAAUCCAUCCACCUGAUAGGUGUGGCAUAUAGAGAAGCUGAUUAAACAGCAUGAUCAUUACACAGAUGCACCUUGUACUGGGGACAAUAAAAGGCCACUAAAAUGUGCAGUUUUCUCACACAACACAAUGCCACAGAUGUCUCAAGUUUUGAGGGAGUGCAAUUGGCAUGCUGACUGCAGGAAUGUCCACCGGAGCAUUGAAUGUUCAUUUCUCUGCCAUAAGCUGCCUCCAAUGUUUUAGAGAAUUUGGCAGUACGUCCAACCGGCCUCACAACCACAAACCAUGUGUAACCACACCAGCCCAGGACCUCCACAUCCGGCUUCUUCACCUGCGAGAUUGUCAAAGGAGGGAGGGGUGCUGAGGAGUAUUUCCGUCUGUAAUAAAUCCCUUUUGUGGGGAAAAACAUUCUGAUCGGCUGAGCCUGGCUCCCAAGUGGUUGGACCUAUGCCCUCCCAGGCCCACUCAUGUCUGCAUCCCUGAACAGUUGUGAAAUCCAUAGAUUAGGGCCUAAUUAAUUAUUUCAAUUGAGUGAUUUCCUUAUGAACUGUAACUCAGCAAAAUCUUUAAAAUUGUUGCAUGUUGCCUUUAUAUUUUUGUUUAGUAUAGAUACGUCUCUGCUAUACAAUAAAGAUUGAAGUUGCUCCUUCA